AUGGCCCAUCAAUUCUGGGCCACCGUCAGCGAUACCCCGCCGCCGAGCCAGGCACCGGCCACGGCUGGAACACAACCGGGCACUUCGCCGAUGACCACGGCCGACGCAGUGACCACACCGGCACAUCCGGCCGGCGCACUACUACGCCCCGGAAGCGCAACGGCUCCGGAGAACGCCGCGGCUGUCGCCGUCGCCGAGUACCCCGACUAUGGCGAUGACGACGAGGAAGAAGAAGACGCCACGGUCGCCAUCAUCAGGGAUGCCCCCAGCGCGCACAUGCACUCCAGCAUGUUGAACUACCGCCGCGAGAACGGACGCACGUAUCACAAGCUCUCUGACGGGAAAUACCCCUUCCCCAACGACGCCCUGGAGCAGGAGAGGCUGGACAUCAUCAACCACCUCUGGAUGCUCACCUUUGACGGCGCCUACUGCCUGUGUCCGAAGAACGAGGGCGCGAAGAGGGUGUUGGACAUGGGCACGGGGACGGGCGUGUGGGCGCUGGAUUACGCGGACGAGUUCCCGGACGCCACCGUGGUCGGCGUCGACCUCAGCGCGAUCCAGCCGAUCUACGUCCCGUCCAACUGCCACUUCGAGGUGGGCGACCUGGAGCAGGAGUGGCCGUGGGAGGAGCCGUUCGACUUCAUCUUCGCGCGGAACAUGAUCGGGUGCUUCGCGGACUGGAAGGAGAUCAUCACGCAGGCGUACGAGAACCUGGAGCCGGGGGGAUACCUGGAGAUCCACGACUCCGAGUACCCGAUCAAGUGCGACGACGGGACGCUGACGGAGGAGAUGCCGCUGAGCAAGUGGACGCGGAUGAUCCGGGACGCGUGCGAGAAGCUGGGGCGGUCGCUGGCCAUCACGCGCACGUUCGCCGACAUGAUGGAGGAGGUCGGGUUCGAGGGCGUCGUGAGCCGGAAGCUCAAGUUCCCCGCGAGCCCCUGGCCGGACGACCCGAAGCUGAAGGAGAUGGGGCUGUGGGUGCAGGCGUCGCUGCUGCCCGGGCUGGAGGGCAUGAGCCUGGCGCUGUUUACGAGGGUGUUGGAGUGGAGCAAGGCCGAGACGAUUGUGUUUUGCUCGCAUGUGAGGCAGGACGUGAAGAACUUGGGCUUGCAUGGGUAUUGGGACGGGUAUGCGAUAUAUGGGAGGAAACCGCUGAGUGCGAGCGGCGUAGGGAGUUGA